AUGAAUCAGGAAUUGUGCAAACUAAAGUUGGAUUGGAAUGAGAAGCUCCCAAGAGAAUUGUGUGAACGUUGGAAGAGUUGGAGAGAAGGGCUUCUGAGCUUGCAAGGAUUCAGUAUUCCUCGAUGUUUUAAACCAAAGGACUUCGGUGAAGUGAAACAUGUAGAGCUUCAUCAUUUCGCCGACGCAUCCCAAGAGCAUGGUUAUGGGGCAGCCUCUUAUUUACGUCUUGUUAACAGUCGAGGGCAAAUUCAUUGCUGUUUCGUAAUGGGGAAGUCUCGCGUGAAACCCUUGAAAAGUGCUGUAACAGUACCAAAGCUGGAGUUGACAGUGGUUAUUCUAGCAACGAAAGUCAACAAGGUCAUAACGAGAGAGUUAGAAGGAAGACUGAAGAUUAACAGUGUGACUUACUGGACUGACUCUAUGAUAGUUCUCAAGUACAUUGCCAAUGAAGUACGAAGAUUUGUAACCUUCGUCGCAAACCGGGUAGCUGUCAUACGUCAAGAAUCAGAUCCAGGGCAGUGGCGGCAUGUACGAUCAGAGCUCAAUCCUGCGGAUUAUGCUUCCCGAGGGAUCAAGGCCUCGGAGACUGGAAAACUGGAAAGGUGGCGCCGUGGUCCAGAAUUCUUGUGGAGAGAAGUUGAAGAUUGGCCCCCGCAGCCUCCAGAGGAAUUGGGAGACCUCCUAGAUACAGACGAAGGAGUGAAAAGGGGGAGAGUCACUGUUGGAGCAUCCACAGUUCAUGCGGAUUUCUGGAGCAUUUUGUUCCCACGAUAUUCGUCGUGGGAUCGACUGAGAAGAAUAGUUGGGUGGUUAUGUAGAGCCUUCAACAGACCGAUGCAGUCCCAGUGCCAGAACGACAAAGAUAGAAGUGUGAAGUAUAGUCCUAAAACCUUAUCGAUCCAUGAUGUGGACAAAGCGGAGAAGAAAAUCGUGAAGUUCGUCCAGGAGCAGUCAUUUGCUGAUGAGAAAAGUGAAACAGUCAUCAAAGGCAGACUAGCCAGACUUAAGCCAUUCGAAGACGAAGGAAUCAUACGUGUCGGCGGAAGAUUGAAUCACUCGAGUUUGCCAUAUGAUGCCAAGCACCCGAUGAUACUGCCAGCAAAGCACCCCGUGUCUGAGUUGAUAAUUCGCCACUAUCAUCACUUGAAUGGACACGUAGGAACCUAUCAAGUUCUGGCCGAAAUUAGGCAGCGCUAUUGGAUCGUGAAUGCAGUUUCCACGAUAAAGCAAGUUCUUGGCAAGUGCCAUGUGUGCAAACGUCAGAACGCUAAGUUAGGAGAACAAGUGACAGCACCACUUCCAGUUGUUAGAGUGUCUUCGGAUAGUCACAGGCUCGUAUAUCCAUUUGCUGCAGUUGGGUUGGAUUACUUCGGGCCCCUUUACGUGAAGAUAGGACCUAACACAAGAUUGAGGAGAGACCCUUCUCUGAACAAACGUUACGGCUGCAUCUUCACUUGCCUAAGAUAUCGAGCAGUUCACAUAGAGUUAGUUAACAACCUCUCCACUGACAGUUUUAUCAAUGCCGUUUUGCGCUUCGUUGGUAGAAGAGGCCCCCCAGGUAUUAUCUAUAGUGACAACGGUACUAAUUUUAGAGGAGCUGAAUUGGACGUCGUCAACGCUUUAAAAGUGUGGGAUCAGGAGAAGAUUCAGUUGAAGUUGACCAGGAGAGGAAUUGAGUGGAAAUUUAACCCACCCGCGGCCAGUCACCAAGGCGGCGUAUGGGAGAGACUUAUACGGUCUAUCAGAAGGAUCCUUCAUUCUAUGGUGGGAGAACGCCUCGUAGACGAAGAAACCCUGAGAACAUUCCUCAUUGAAGUAGAGAAGAUUUUGAAUGACAGGCCAAUCACGCCGGUCUCUGAUGAUCCAAAGGAUUUGGAAGCACUGACGCCGAACUAUAUCCUUCUAUUGCGCCGAAACCCGUCUUCAUCCCCAGAUUUAUUCGAUGAGUCAGAUCGAUUCAAAGCCAGAUGGAAGCACGUUCGCCUUCUCGCAAAUGAAUUUUGGCAGAGGUGGACAAGGGAAUAUCUGCCGACGCUCCAAGAACGCCAGAAGUGGUUACAACCUAAGCCAAACUUUAAAGUGGGAGAUUUAGUGUUGCUUGCAGACAAGAAUUUGUCCCGGGGUCAGUGGCCGAAGGGUUUGGUCGAGCAAACCUAUCCUGAUAGCGAAGGCAUGGUACGCCAAGUUGUCGUCAGAACAGCGGACGGAGUAUACCGCAGAGAUGUCCGGAAGCUCUGUCUAUUGGAAGAGCAGUUACUAGGUGGCUUGGAACGGCGGCCAAAACCUCUUUGA